AUGAACGGAGUGUUGGUUGCCUUUUUCCUUAUUCUUGGAGGGACCCAGGGACAAUAUGUACCUCAAGGGGUACAGCCUACACAAGCUGCAACGUGUAAAUAUGAAUUUACAGUUCCGGACACAAAAGGUGCUUGUUCAAUGUCGAAUAGCAACUUGGACAAAAAGGUUGAACAGGUGAGACAGGAUUUGGACAAGACUCGCUUGCAAUAUGUAUCUCAGAACAGUAUUGUCCAGAGUACACUAGCUCAGGUGCAGUCCGACACGGCUUCCUACGUAUCUAAGGUACAGGACCUUACCAACCAAUUCCAGAGUCUUAGACAGUCGCUAAGCGUGGCGGCCGGUGCUGGUGGUGCAGGAACUGGUAACUCCCAGGCUGUGAACAAACUUAUCAUGGACACAAAAGAUCUUCUUACGAAAGCUGUUCAGGAUAUUAAUAAUAAGAUCUUCAACCUCACCUCCCAAUUCCAGAGAGGUUCCGUGGAACAAUCCAAGGUAGAUGCAGCUAUUGAGAAGCAAAUCAACCAGCAGGCGGUAGAUAUCGUAAAAACAGAACAAAGGUUAAUCAAUCUUGAAAAUCAAAUCAAAGCCCUGCAGACGAGCGCCGCACAAACAUCAACUGGCCCUGCAGUGACGUCACCGCCUGCAUCAGUAGGAACAGGAGGUCCAACUAAUGCGCAGUUUUCGCAACUGAAACAACAAUACCAGCAACUAGAGAAGGAUGUCCAGCAGCAAAACCAGCUGCAGACCUCCGAGUUCCAGAGCCUCAAUGCGAAGACAAACCAACUUCUUGGACAAAUAAAUAACCAAAGCACUGAAGUCAACACCAUAAGGCUCGCCACACAGGGCGCCAUGUCUCGUGUUUUGGCGGCAGAGUCAAAGGUCACGGGUGUCAAGACAGACCUAGACGACCUGAAAAAGAAGAUUGAACCCCAGAUGGUUGUAGUGGCACAGGAGGUCGCCACAAUUCAGAUCAACGUUACAAAAGUGGAGAAAGAACUCCAGCAGCUGGGAACCCAAUUGAUGACCAACAACGUCAAUUUUGUGACUGACCACGCCGAAGUCCAGUCUAUCACUGCUCAAACAAAACUGCUAGCCAGUCAGCUCACAAAACUCAAGACAGAGACAUCAUCACAGGCCGCCGAUCUCCUAAAACUGACCAUGGACGUAAACACCUUGACCGCUGCCCCGUCUCUGUCGGCUAACACGACACUCUCCAGUGCAGCUCUACAACAGGCUGUCCAGCAAUUCGAGUCUCGGGUACAGACUUCACUGAACCAGACACAAAGCGACAUUUCCCAGUUACAGAGUGUCACACAAGUUCUUCUGAAACAGAUUACCGUCUUAACAACCGGAUCUGGGUAG